AUGGCUUCCUCCAACAGGCACUGGCCGAGCAUGUUCAGGUCCAAUCCUGCCGCCGCCUGCGACUUUCACCACCAGCCUGACAUGAACAACCACCACAGCAGGCCCUCCUUGACCUCCUCAGGGAUCGACCAGGAGAGCGGCCGGACCCCUGGGGAAACGAAGCCGCGGUGGAACCCAAGGCCGGAGCAGAUCAGGAUCCUGGAGGGGAUCUUCAACUCCGGCGUGGUCAACCCGCCGCGCGACGAGAUCCGCCGCAUCCGACUCCGGCUCCAGGAGUACGGCCACGUCGCCGACGCCAACGUCUUCUACUGGUUCCAGAACCGCAAGUCCCGCACCAAGAACAAGCUCCGCGCCGCCCAGGCCGCCGCGCAGGGCCAGCAGCCCACUGGCCGCGCCGCCCUGACGCGCGCUCCGGCGCCUUACGCAGCGCCUGCGCCUCCCCUGACGCCGCCACGGCAUCUCCUAGCGCCGGCUGGUACGCUGCUGCAGGGGCCAACGUCCUCGUCGUCCUCCUCCUCCGACCGCUCCUCCGGAUCCAGCAGGUCGGUGACGAUGAAGCCGGCGGCCUCCCAGGCGAUGCUGCCGCCGUCGGCUGCCACCACCAUGGGCCUGUUCACACCAGCGCCGCCUGCGUCGUCGCCGGCGCUCUCCGCGUGCCAGCUCUACUGCCUGCAGAGCCAUCCCAUGCCGAUGCUGGCGCCUGCGACGUCGGUGCGCGAGCUGAUCAACACAACACCGGAGUCUCCCCCACCUCUCCUCCUGCAGUGGCCCCCGCAGAGCCAGUAUCUGCCGGCCACCGAGCUCGGCGGCGUCCUCGGCUCCCACGCCCACACUCCAGUCUCCACCAACGCGCAUCUGUCCAGCCUGUGCAACGAAGCUGCGUUAGGGCAGCAGGAGAUCAUCGACGUGACCUGCUGCUCCAAGCUGGGGCUCGGCAGCGGCCAGUUCUUCAGCACCACCACCGCCACCGGCACUACCGAUAUGCCGAGCCACAGAACCGACGCCGUGAGCGCCGUGUUCACGGAAGACGAGAAGGCCAGGCUGGGGACACUGCACUACGGCCUCGGUGCCGUCACCACCGCCGCCGCUCCCGCUGCCUUCGACGUCAGUACGGCAACCGCCCUUCCAUGCGCCGCGCCGGCCAACAAUGCCGCCGCCGCAAGCUCUGCAUUCACCGAUCAGCUGCAAGGGCUGGUGGACGCCGGGCUAUUGAUGGGCGGAGGAGCGCCGGCGGCACCGGCGAUGGUGGUGGCUGUGGCUGCGGCGCGGCCGGAUGUGGGCGCGCAGUGGUUCAGCGUGCCAGCGAUGACGCGCCUCGACGUAGGGCUGUUCGGCGAGGCGGCCGUGCUGCUGCGCCACACCGGCGAGCCGGUGCCCCUGGACGGUUCCGGGGUCACCGUCGAGCCGCUCCACCACGGCGCCGUCUAUUACGUCUUGGUGUGA